AUGUUAGGAGAAGGCCCAGGUGAUGGUUCUCGGGUGUAUAUACCCCCUGCUGUAGAGGUUGAAGACCAAUCCGACGAUCCCGACGCCCCCGAUCUACUCCCUCGCCAUGUCGACACCGGUCCUACCGUUCUUCCCGUCUGGUUACGGGAAUCCUCGAAGUCUUUUCGCUGGAGCUGGGUCCCCUUACCGAUCCGAAAGGCUGCUCGCACUACCGCUGAAUUCGUCAAGGGUCCAGACCCGCCAUACCCGCUCUUGUUGAACCCUCUGUUUCCCCAGAUCCAGGAACUGCCCAAGCGGUACUUGGACAAGUUCUUCCCGAAGCGCAAACAUAAAGUCUCCCUACUUUUACUCCUAUAUUUCGCUUGGUUCCUGCCGUGGGCUAUCCUAUUCCUGCACUCUCGAUCUGCGGGUUAUAUUGAAGGCUACGGGCGGCCUAUCACACUGUCUUGCUCGAGUACCUUUUGGACGCCUGGUAAUGGUUGUGGACUCAAUGGAAACGAUUGCCGUCCUUUCACCGCCGCGGCAACCCCGUUCCGAUGCCCGGCCAACUGUCGAGACACGAAAACGAUCGAACCUUAUACCUUUGGUAAUCAGACAAUCAAUUAUAGGGGACUUGUCAUCGGAGGACCUGAGCCGGGCUCGGAUGAGCCUGGCGUAUAUCGUGCCGACAGCUUCAUUUGUCAAGCCGCCCUCCAUGCAGGAGUCAUUGACAACGAUGGAGGUUGUGGAGUGGCCCAAUUGGAAGGAGCGGCGCAUUCGUUCCAUACGUCCAAACACAAUGGAAUCAGCUCGCUCGGUUUUCCUUCGACCUUUCCCAAGACUUUCAGCUUCGUCGAGCCGUCGUCAGAUGCCACUUGCCCGCAGGAUCCGCGAUGGCCCCUACUAGGCAUCACUAUUGGGGCGCUCGCUGCCCUGUGGCUCUUCUGCUCGUCCCCUGCGGUGUUAUUCUUCAGCACGUUCUUCAUGCUUUUUAGCCAGGUUGGAUUGGUCUCUGAUCCACCACCUCGGGCUGAACUGGCCGCUCUUAUGUCCGUCUUCGUCGCUCGGCUUCUCCCAGCAUCAUUUGUUGCAUAUGUCCUGUUUAGAUACUGUGCGCGACCACUCUUAACGCCGCUAUCGUCCCCUAUCUAUCAGUUCAGCAAGACCUUGCUCUUCUUGCCUCCUGCGUUCUUUGGUGGUCUGAACAACUAUACUUUCGCAAGAUUGAUCCCCCUUGAGCGUCUGACGCCGCAUGAUAUUCAGCAACAACCCGGUGCGAAGCUCGCAUUAGCCAUAGUCAUUCCUACCGUCCUCGGUAUCAUCUUAACCCAAACCCACCAAAUUCGCAUGGGUGGCUUGAUGCCACAUUACUUGAAGGUGUACGGAACGAUGGCGCUGAUUCUUCUGAUUCUGCUCCCACUCCCCGGGCUCCGUCUUCGCAUUCACCAUUACAUCCUUGCGAUUCUCUUGAUGUAUGGGACGGCUUUCCCCACUCGGCCAUCAUUAGUCUACCAGGGAUUGCUGCUUGGUCUCUUUAUCAACGGUAUUGCCAGGUGGGGCUUUGCUUCCAUCAUCGAAACGCCCGCUGCGCUGGGCGAACAAGCCCCAGGCCCCGGUGGGUCGCAUGGAUGGUGGGGAGGCACCUCACCCCAUGUCAACGAUAGCUCUGUCACCAUUUCUCUCCCAGAUAGAGGCUCCGGCGAGCCCUAUCAUGGCAACGGCAACAUUACGUUCACGCUAUGGGAGCGAGAACGCAUGGACAAACUGGGUGUGGACGGAGUCUCGGUCCUAGUCAACGAUGUUGAGCGCUGGCGCGGUUACCUGGACGAGGACCCCGCGGGAGAGUUCACCUGGCAUCGCCACGGCCACGCAGGCCUCGAACUACAUCACACAUCCUCAACUGACGGUGAUUUCGAGGUCUCGUCCUCGGAGCUCGAGCUCGAACAGAUUCAUCCCAGCGACGAGGGCAAACCCGAAACCCUGUUCUUCCGCUUUGCGUUCUUGAGGGGCGCCGAGGCAGGAAAGUACGGGGGUUCUGGGGUCUGGCUCGAGGAAGGGGACUGGAUCUCGCCCCCGCCGCCUAAAAACUAG